CGUGUUUUGUUUGCUUUUGCUCAUUUUUACCUGCAGCAAGGCAGUGAUGUGUCAGAGUGGAGAUGCUCAAGGAAGUUGUCAGCGGGCUAUAAAUAUAUUCCCUGCUAAACUGAAAGAUCUCAGAACCACAUUCCUGAAAGUGAGAGACUAUUUUCAAAUGAAGGAUGAUGAAUUGGAUACCAUAUUACUUGAAAAUAGUUUGCUACAGGACUUCAAGAGUUCUAUUGGAUGUCAAACUGUAUCAGAAAUGAUUCGAUUCUACCUAGAUGAUGUUCUACCAUAUGCACAAAGAGGCAGUAUUGUCAUUAAAUCAAAUGUGAAUUUCAUGAAGGACAAACUGCUAGACCUAAAGCAGACAAUGAAACGCUGUCAACAUUUUUUGCCAUGUGAUAGAAAAAGCAAGGCCAUCAAGCAGAUCAAAGAAAAAUACAAAAAGUUAAAAGAUCAAGGUAUUUACAAGGCCGUUGGAGAAUUUGACAUCUUUGUUGAUUACAUUGAAGAAUACCUGAAUACCAGAAAGAAAUAGGUUAUGCUAUCAUUUUUGUAUGCUUUAAGACUCUA